GUGAACUGGUGAGCUACCGCAGGAAAAUUCUGAGCGGUGGCUCACUCGCUCACCUAAAAGAGCUAGUUCUUUUGAUCAGUUCAUGAGCGGAUCGCCCACCACUAAUUCCCACGUAUUGUUUGUUGAUCGACAGGGACAGUGAAGUUUGGAUAAUUAAACCACGGCGCAGUGUAUAUUCAUUCAUUACAAGCAUGUCCGGGAACUCACAAAGAAAAAAGUUUUCUGGAUCGAUAUUCAGAAAACGAAAAUCAGAGAAAGAAGUGCAAAACAAAAAACAAGCUCAAGCGUUAGAAACAUUCCUUACGAAUACUCAUGAUUCUACACGUGAUGUAUUACAAUCAACUGAUUCAAAACAGAAUGAGGCAAGCACGAGCAGAGAUACAAAUAAAUUCGUGAGUAGAAAAGAAUGAAGUGACAGAUGAUUUGACUUGUCUUGAUACAAAUAAUGCUAAAAAAAUCUAAAUUAGAUACUGAUGCCGAUACGAACACAUCUAUUAAGAUGAAAGAUAAUAUAACUUUAAUUAGUGAAGAAAAAAUAGUAAAUUCAGAUGAUGCACUGGACGAAGUGAACAACGAGAAGCAGAAAACUGUUGAUGUUGCUCAAAAUGUUGAUGUUCCUACUUUACCUUUAACUGAUGACUGUGGCGAGUGGCCUGAAAUCAUCACCGAUUCAAUGCGUCGAAUUUUUGUACUUCGUGGGUCACCGUUAAUCUAAGAAAUGAACUUUCCAACAGAUGCUUCGAAUAGAAGAUUUACAACAAAAAACAUUUUACGAAAACUAUGCAACGGAGAAGAAAUCAAAAGAAAGUGGUUAAUUUACUCCGUUUGCAAAGACAAAAUAUAUUGUUUUUGUUGCCGACUUUUCAGUAGAGAAAACAUAUUAAUAUCAUCAUCGUCCGGGUACUCAGACUGGAAAAAUCUGUCAGUUUAUUUAUCUCGACAUGAAAAAUCGCCGAGCCACAUUAAAGCUGCGCAAUCUUGGCGUGAAUUAUCCCAUCGCCUAUCCUCGAACAAAUCCAUCGACGAAGAAAACCAAAGGCUAAUAAUAGCUGAAACUGAACACUGGAAUGAAGUUUUAAAAAGGCUGCUUUGUAUUGUGGAAUUUCUGGCUUCUCAGGGAUUGUCAUUUCGAGGCAAAUCAGAAGGUCUUUUCGAACAUAACAACGGCAAUUUGUUAAAGCUUGUGGAAUACAUUGCCAAAUUUGACAUUGUAUUAGCUGAACAUUUACGACGAAUAACGUCAGCUGAAAUUCACGCACAUUAUUUGAGUAAGACAACGCAGAAUGAAUUUAUCUCUCUGCUUUCAGAUGAAAUUAAACAAAAUAUUCUGUCGGCAAUGAAAUAUGCAACAUAUUAUUCGAUUAUUCUUGAUUGUACCCCAGAUACCAGCCAUACAGAGCAAAUGACAAUGAUAGUCCGAUUCGUCAAAGCGAUUCCAGGACAAAAAGUCUCGAUUCAAGAACACUUUAUAUGCUUUAUUCCAAUUGAUGAUUCAUCAGGAGAAGGAUUACAAACUUCUUUAUUAGAAGAACUGGUUAAAAAUAAUAUUGAACUUAAAAAUAUGCGAGGUCAAGGUUACGACAACGGUUCGAACAUGAGAGGGAAAAACCUAGGUGUACAAAAACGAAUUCUUGAACUGAAUCCAAGGGCAUUUUUCGUUCCAUGCAGCAACCAUUCUCUCAAUCUUGUUAACGAUGGUGCCAAGUCAUGUUUUGAAGCAGUAGACUUUUUCAGUGUCGUGCAAGAAAUUUUCAACUUCUUUUCUGCUUCAACUCAUCGUUGGAGUGUUCUCAAAAAACACAUUACUUCUCUUACAGUAAAGCCUCUGAGUGGAACGCGUUGGGAAAGUCGAAUUGAUGCUGUCACUCCCUUGAGGUUUAAUAUAGGAGAAAUUUAUGAUGCCCUAUAUGAAGCAAGUGAGGAUCUAAAGCAAGAUGCGUUUGCAAGAAAUACUGCGAAAAGCCUAGCAAAAAAAAAAAAAUAAAAAAGUUCAGAUUCUUAUACAGUUUAGUAGCUUGGCAUCCAAUUUUGUUCAAAAUCAAUUUAGUGAGCAAGUACCUUCAAAAAAUAGAUAGCAGUCUAGAAACCGCUAUAGAGUUGAUAAGCAGCGUUCAAAACUUUUUGAAAAAUAUGAGAAAUGAGGAAGGUUUUAAUAGCGUCAUUACUGACGCUAAAGAACUUGCCGACAUUUUAGAAGUAAAUCCGGAAUUUCAAACAGAAACACGAAUUCGGCCGAGAAUGAAAAAGAAACAGUUUGCAUACGAGCAGUCAGAUGAACCAAUUACAUCAGAAAUACUCUCUUUCAAAGUGAAUUUUUUCUAUUCUGUAUUGGAUGUGGCUAUUGCAUCGUUCGAGGAUCGAUUCCAGCUAAUGAAAAAUCACAGUGACAAUUUCAGCUUCCUGUAUGAUAUUCACAGUAUGAUGGGUUGUAGUACAGAUCAGUUAGAGAAAGGUUGUCUACAUUUACAGAAAAUCCUCACACACAAGAAAGAGUGUGACAUCGAUGGACAUGAAAUGCACCAAGAGCUUGUUAUUCUGUCACCUAUGUUGCCAGCUGAGACGACUCCAAUGAAUGCGUUAAACUACAUUACAAAAAAUCAACUGAUUGAUACUUUUCCGAAUGUUUUUGUAUCUUUGAGAAUUUUACUUACUUUACCCAUUAGUGUAGCAAGUGGCGAGAGAAGUUUCUCAAAGUUAAAACUUAUAAAG